AUGGAUCAGGUUGGUCUGGCUACGCGGCGCAGAAGACAGUUGCGCCACGUCUUAAUCUGGAAGUCACCGGCAAACUAUGGCUUGACAAGUCACCGGAGCUGUUUUAAUUGCGCGCGGAUAAUGACGACCUUGCACAAGCAUGGGUCGCAAUCAGCUUGGGGCGCUCCACCAACGGGAUUCAGCUAG